GAAAAUGUUUUUUAAUAUACAGAUAAAAACUACAGCCUCACUCAUAGUCAAUAGCAGGAUAUAAUUUUUCUUUCUUUUGUCUCUCUGUCUUUCUGCCUCUCUGCCUCUCUGCCUCCUGUUUUUUAUCUUGUCUUUAAUAUUACCCAACCUUUAUAUUACAGUUUAAAAAAACUAUUCUUUUAAUAUUUUUUUGUACUUAAACACACCACCAAAUCAUGCGUUUUUCCACUCUUCUCACUCUCAUUGCCUGCACAGUUGCCGUUACUAGCUCCAGCAUCACUAUUACUCGCCGCGACCAAAAAAGUGCCAAAGCAGUACUUGAAACUCUGGAAAACAGCGUAGACGAUAAUGCUUUGGUUGCCAAAGUUAACAAUCUUUUUGAAAUCCUCAAGGAAUAUGUGGAUAGGGGUGUGUUGAAGCAGGUUUCCGAGGAAGUCGCAAAUCAGAUUAAGGCCAACCAUCAGACCCUGGCCCCAACUAAAUUGACUGCUCAAUGGGUUAGGUCUGUUAUGGAGCAUUUAAUUUAAAUUUUAAAAUUUUUGGAUUUAC